CAGUAUAUACGAUGAAAUGAAUGCCUCUCCCUCUCCCUCUCCCUCUCUCUCUCCCCAGGAAUGGCUUGUAGAGUUGGCAAUGUCUUCUUCGUUUAGCUCGAUCUGCAUACAGCAUCCUCUCCAAAUCAGUCCUCCUCAUAUAUUUGCACACAUUAUAUUUAUUUAUCUUUUAAUUUUAUAUGCUUCUGUUCAUUUCAGUCUCUCUCUCUCUCUCGUCAUUCUCUCUCUCUAUAUCGCUCUCGGCAGUUAAGCUGCUGCUAUCCCCUCACCUACUCCCCUCUCUCCCUCUCUCUGUCUCUGCUCAUUCCUCUAUUCAAUUUCCCCUCAUAUACUCCGGCGAAUUAAUAGCUCUAGUACUUCUCCUUUCGGUUCUCUCCUAGUUCGUCAACUAAUCUAGAUAGAGAGCGAGCAUUGGGAUUUCUAGAGAGAGAGAGGAUGCCUCUGGUGCGGGUCCAGGUGAGGAACGAGUACGGAUUGGGACAGCCGGAGCUGUACCAAGAAGCGGACAGAGAAGAUCCGAAAGCCGUUCUCGAUGGCGUGGCCGUCUCUGGACUUGUGGGGAUCUUGCGUCAAUUGGGUGACCUUGCUGAAUUUGCGGCAGAGGUUUUUCAUGGCCUACAGGAGCAAGUAAUAUAUACAUCUUCCAGAAGCCAUAGGCUGAUGACUCGCUUACAGUGCAUAGAAUCUGCACUUCCUCCACUCGAGAAGGCCAUACUGGCGCAAAAGAGUCACUUGCAUUUUGCGUACACAAAUGGUUCUGUGUGGCAUCCUCGUCUCCAAAAUGAACAAAAUCACUUUAUCGUCGGUGACUUGCCACAAUGUAUCAUGGAUUCCUAUGAAGAAUGUCGUGACCCUCCACGGCUGCAAUUGCUUGACAAAUUUGACACUGGUGGCCCAGGAUCUUGCUUGAAGAGGUACUCAGACCCAACCUUCUUUCGGAGAGCAUCAGCUAGCUCAGGUGAAGCUACUGUCGAGAGAGACGCAAAAAAUAGGAAGGCACGUCGAAGCAAGAAAAAUCAAACAUGGCAGAGGAAUAGAGCAUCUCAUGGUGCAUCACUAUCCAACCACAGUGUCAGAAUGCAAUUUGCUUCUCGAAAAGAUGAUGAGCAUGCAUCUCCCUCUCAAACAGUCUCUGCAUUUGAUGCUUCGUUGAAAUCUGACUUGGGAGACCAAUCAAAUUCUUUUGAUUUAAGAACUGAGUCGGGCUACAUAGAAUGUGUGUUCCAUCCAGCUUACUCCAUGAGACAUGACGAAAAUGAACGCAAGGAAUCAUCCUUUUCUAGUUCAAGGAUGAACCAUGAUGACAUCAUUGACUCAUCUUCUGUAGACGAGAACAGCAGAUUUGUAGAUGACGAUUUCUCGCACAGUAUAUCACAGGAGCACACCGGCCCUACAUCAUCUUGUGUUACUUGGGAUGAAAAAACAGAAAUAGUAGAAAUAGCGGAGCCUAUAGGUCACCAGUCUGAUGAUGAAAUUACAGAAACGCUUACAAUGAACUUGGAUGGUGAAGAGAAGGGGGCUGUUAACUUCAGAAGUGUUGAUAAAAUGGAUUUUCAGUUCGAUAAUGAAGACACACCAACUUCGGUCUCUAAUCAGAACGGGAUUGAUGAUAUUACAGAGACGCCUACAAUGAACUUGGACCCAGAUGGUGAAGAGAAGGCAGCUGUUAACUUCAGAAGUGUUGACAAAAUGGAUUUCCAGUUCGAUAACGUAGACACACCAACUUCGGUCUCUAAUCGGAACGGGGUUGAUGAUAUUGAAAGUGAAGCUGAAAAUUUUGUUGACGCUCUUAACACUAUUGAAUCUGAAUCUGAAACGGAUUUAGAUUUUCAAACAAAACGAGAAGAGAAAUAUUCGAUUUUUAUUGAUGAGGAAACACAAGAUGGAACGGAUGGGAUUGUAGCACAUCGUUCAGACCAUCAACCAUCAAACUUGGAAUCUUGCUCCACAGCUUGUAAUGGCAAACCUAACUCUAUAUACCAACAUAGUUAUGCCAAGGAAGAUUUACCUCCAGUGGAAGUAAAAUCUUAUGAUACCGGCAAUUCUCUCGGUAUGGACGGCUGUGGAAACAGUGGCAUUCUUGACAGCUCAAACGUGGAAUCUGUUGUCAGUAAUUCACCAACAUUUGGGUUCACAAAACCCAAUCUGAAGGAUCCAAUUAGUGAUCAAAACACAAGCGCGUCUUGUGAAUCUCAGAAGUCUCCCUCUGAACAUUCUGGUGUGCAGUCAGUCAUGUUUUGGACAAACGGGUCCCUCCUAGGACUUGAGCCAUCAAAGCCUCCAGACUCCAGUGUAUUAAAUCCUGUAGUUCAGGGCACCUCGACUAAUACUCACAAUGGUGAGCUAGACACAGAAAAGCCAGCUAAGUGGGCCCAGAAUUCAGAAAUCAUUGAAAAGAUUUCUUCUAAAAGCUCCACAUCAUGUCACAAUGAUAAAAAUGGAUCUGAUAAGAAGACACCUUGGAGAUUUUUACCUACUGAACUAAACACCAAGCAUGAAAAAUAUGGUGAUUCUCAUUCUAGUAGUCGUCUAAAUGAUGACCAUGUGUGUAAUUUGAGAGAAUCCAGUGCAGUGGUACCUGAGACUGAACAUGGAGGCACUCCAGAUGUUAGUGCCAUAUCCUCUACUGAAGUUAGUCGGAGGAAUGGUGAAAAUGAAUCUCAGAUGUUUGGAAUUGGUAAUAGAUUCCUUUCGAAUGGUUUUCAAAGAAAAGUCUCUCUUGUCCAUGGUGAGAAGUCUGAACCUCCAUCCUCCAUGAAAGCUGGUGUUUUUUAUCAGAAGAGCCGAAACCAAACAUUUUCCGACAGAAUUAAUUCACCUUCUUCCUCACCACCGCUUCAACACAUUAAAAUAUCUUUUCAGCCUAUAAGUGGGUUAGAGACUUCAAAACUGAAGCUGAAAUUUCCUGAUGGGAGUUUUCAUCAAGAUGGUAGUAGAGAUCUGUUACCUGCAUUUCAAUUAGUCCCAGAGCCGGCUACUCCAAGGCAUGAAAUUGGAUCAGAUUCCGAUGAUAACACAUUUUGCAGAUCGUCUCCGUAUAUGUCAGAUGAUUGUCUUAGUCAGCACUCUGAUUCAAAUUCUGAUGAGUGGGAAUCUGAUGAGACUUCCCCAACCAACAACAAUGGGCUCUAUGAUGCUUUACGAAGAAUCUCCUCAGCAGAAUCUGUUUCAAGCUCCGCAGAGAUUGAUACAACAAGACAUGGAAGUUUUCAUGUUGACUCUGGACUUAAGAGUCCAAAUGUUGAAACUUGUUUGGAAGCAUGUGAAUCUGGUCACGCACUUGAUCUUCCAAGUUUGAAUGCUCUGAACCCUUUAUUUGAGCAAGCAAUGAGAAUUGGUUCUGAUGGAAAAGAUUUUCCAAAGUCAUACCUUACUGAGAAACCUACUCCUGUACCUCCACCUCUACCCCCAAUGGAGUGGAGGGUUAUGAAAUGUGAUUCAGAUGUAACCAUUGAUAAACUAGAUUCUGUGUCUGAAACCCUUGAUCAUGCAUUUGAAACGACAGUUCUGGGAUCUACCAUCUCUUCCCAGUUUGAGCCAAACCCAGCUAUGCAGCACCAAAGUAGUGAUGAGACCAUAGCAUUCACACCAAAGAGCAAGCAGCCAGAGUUGCAGAAAGAAGUUAAUCAGGCCAGAUGUGGCAAGGGCAUUGAUGAAAAGGAAGAUUUUCUGCAGCAGAUUAGAACAAAAUCAUUCAACCUAAGGCGCACCCUGUCAGAAAAGCCAACCGUUACAUCGGGACCUGUUGCCAACGUCAAAGUCACGGCAAUAUUGGAGAAGGCAAACGCAAUUCGCCAGGCUGUUGGGAGUGAUGAUGGCGACGAUGAUAAUUGGAGUGACACCUGAUUUCCCUUGGAUGCUAUCGUGUCACACCCCCCGUGAAACCAUUUUUCUUGUAUUUUUUUUUUUUUUUUUUUUUUUGGGGGGGGGGGGGGGGGUUUGGGUUUCCCUUUUAUGCAUAUGUGAAUAAUCUCAGCUCCUCGUGUAAUUAAUUUGUAGGAAAUUUUUUCUUGUAUCUUGAUAAGGUCCACCCCAUGUAUUUCAGUUUCAGGCAGUCAUUUUAUGCAUAAUGCCUGAGAAGUAGAAAUAGUUCUCUUCUGAGAGUUCGAAAUUUUUUAAGAGUAAUAUAUUUUGCCGUCAACUCAA